AUGAAAAAAACAUAUCCCCAUGAUGAUCGCUCAUGGGUUUUCAUGCGAACGAUUUCAAACCGUCCAUCGCGAAAGUCCCCUUCUGGUCUCAUUUAUUUGUUUCGACAAUCAAGACAGAGUUUCACCAAUGCAAUCUCAUCUCGUCGUCGUCAACAUUCUAUUAUCGCAUCAAUGCAUGUAAUGGCGCACAUUCCAUCUAUAGCGCAGACGUCUUCCUCGGAGUCCGAGGUAUCGGAACUAACCGAAGUUACCAAUCAACUGCUACACAAAGUUGCGAGCGAAGAGGAAGAAAGCAACCACACUGAUAUCGAGACAGUCCCUGUGUCAGUUGAUGUGCAUCGUCAAACAACGGAGACUUGCUAUGCCCAUGCUUGUGCCACUGCAAUCCGGGCUGCCAGGCUGUCGCUAGGGCUCACUCCGAAAACGCACGCUUCCUGGCUCACGAAGAUCAUCAAAAAGUUUGGCUGCAAAGGAGCUUACACCAAAAAAGUACUGCAGCACUUCAGUAAAAUCGAAGGCUUCGUUUGUGAAAGGUUACAGGGUGAAAGCGAGAUAAAGUCCGCGUUACUGAAGCAACGUGCUGUGGUUGCUGAAUUCUGGUUGCCCAAGUACCUUUGGCGCAAAUUUUUCGAUCAUUUCAAGAAGAGCCCAGAUGCUGUUCUCACAAAGCAGGACUUUCGGUUGUGGUCAUUAGAUCGCCCUACUGAACCACGGUAUUCGCAGACCAUUGGUGUUGGGCAUGCAAUCGUCAUUACAGGUUUUGAAGACGGCGAAAAUACAAUCUUUCGUUUCAAAAACAGCUGGGGUAAAGACUUCGGUGACAGUGGCUACUUCAGGGCCGAGGCGGAUGCCUUUCCUGACGGUCUGCGCAACUGCUGGAGUGUCGACUAUCCAUUGGAAAACCUUUCCACCAAGGAUGUUGAGCUUUACCUGCUGAACGCAUUGAAACCCCAGUCCGCCGUGAAAGUUGGCAUCACUAGUCGAACUAUUACCCUGCUCGCUUGCAAUCUCGUCUUCAAACUUGUUCCUGUCAGUGAGAACCAUUGUCCUCAAGUACUAAGCAUUGGUGAGUGUGCCGCCAUGGCACAGAUAGUCUCUCUGCUGGAAGGAAACGAAUCCGUUCAUGUGAUUGACGGCCCAUCCCUGAAACUAGGCAACUCGCAGCACUCGUUUUGGCUCAAACGUCACCAUCCAAAGGCGAAGAAAACGAUGCGGGAACGUGAGAUGCGCAACUUGGAGAUUGCAAUGAAGAAAAUCAGUUUGUAGCUAGCUGUACGAGUUUUCCUGGGGUGGUCGUCGGUUUUGACGGCAGCACCAGAACUCGGUUUGGCAUCUUUGCUUGGCCCGAGUAGGAAUAAAGAACCGUCGAGAGAACGAAAUCUAGACAACGUAGAUCUGGUCGUACCGUACUCUAGUCUUUUACACCAAACUCAUACGCUUUCCGUAGCACCAUCUC